UCCCUUCCACACAUUAUAAGGAUUCCUCGGUAGGAUUUGUGAAUUGUUGCCUGUGUUUGUUUAUGAAAUUGUAACACAAAGAACGAGGCCAUUUAAAUGUAGUGUCCAUGCAUGUGUGCUACGUAGGGCGGCCUCUUUGAUGCAGGUGUAAAGUUUUGACAGGUAAGUGAGUACACGCUCACCCGGCGGAGACUUCUUUAAUGUACAGCUACCUCAUCUACGACUGCUACCUUUUUAAUUAAACAAACAAAGAUAUAUUUCUCAUAGCUGUGAAAACAAUCAAGAUGUUCCAGCUUAAACAGCAUGGCGGCUAUGCAUGAAGGACUAAUUCCUGAUUGCUAACAACACAAAUGUGGGAGUAAUGAGUGGGUGGUGUAUGGGGGUCGACUUGAAAGAAGUCCGAAAGUCAUGCUACGGUAAUAAAUACUGAAACGCUCCUACUUCAGGCAUCAGUCACAGAUCUGCGCUCAUCUGAACCAGCUAAACUUGUCACGACGAUCAUCUUCACAUUAGUCGCAAUUCGCCCUUUGAAAGAUUUCUACACAAUUACGACGCCAAAAUGAAGGUGAAGAGCCCCGACACCAAGCCAAGCAAGAGUAGCGUAAACAAGACAAUCGUUCCGGCCAGGAACCGAAUCAAGUACUCUGCUAGUCAGUUGAGCCAGCUGGAGAAGGUGUUCCUGUCCUCUCAGUAUCCUGACAGCUCCAUUUUGGAGGAUCUCUCCAACACCAUCAACAUCGACGUAGAUAGACUAUCGAUCUGGUUUCAGAACCGACGUUCCAAGUUCAAGAGACAGUCUAAAGGUGCUCACGUCAACUGGAUGAGACAGCAACUGUAUCAACAAGAAACAUCACAGUCCCGUGACAUAACGGCAACGGACAAGUGUCACGUGCUCACACCACCGACGACUAUCAAGAAAGAUGACGUGAAAGACAAACCCAAAUCAAAUCUUCACUACCUGCCCAGCACCGGAUCCGGACACUCCUCACUGACGGACUAUGACCCAGUCUACAACCCCUUGAUGUUUCCAUCAUCUCACAACGUCUACAGCGCACUCACUGACGCAGUAUCCAGUACACGGCCUGUCCAGAGUUCUCUUCACUACCCACCUCUGAUGACAGAAACAUCGUUCCAAGUCACGCCAAGCCCGCAACAGUUGACGGAGUAUUCCAGCCAGUCCAACUUCACUUCUCCCCUAAGUCCAUACCACCAGAAUUAUCUCCUCAACUGCCUAAGCGAUCCCAUGACAUUUCCCCAGAUUGGUGUCUAGAUACAUUUGUGUUCAGAUGCCGCACGCGGGUGUAUACAUGAAUUCCAUGUCAAAUGGUUACAGCAGUCCAACGAUGAACUCAUCUUUGGCUUUCUUUGUUACUAUUAAUGUAUAUAUUGUUGUGUUUGCGUUAUGGAUUGCAAGUAUCA